GGCGCUGGCUGGCUCCCUGGCUGCGGCUCCUCAGUCCGCGGCGGCUGCUGCUGCCUGUGGCCCGGGCGGCUGGGAGAAGCGGAGUGUUGGUGAGUGACGCGGCGGAGGUGUAGUUUGACGCGGUGUGUUACGUGGGGGAGAGAAUAAAACUCCAGCGAGAUCCGGGCCGCGAACGAAAGCAGUGACGGAGGAGCUUGUACCACCGGUGGCUAAAUGACCAUGGAAUCUGGAGCAGAGAACCAGCAGAGUGGAGAUGCAGCUGUAACAGAAGCUGAAAACCAGCAAAUGACCGUUCAAGCCCAGCCACAGAUUGCCACAUUAGCCCAGGUAUCUAUGCCAGCAGCUCAUGCAACAUCAUCUGCUCCCACCGUAACAUUAGUACAGCUGCCCAAUGGGCAGACAGUUCAAGUCCAUGGAGUUAUUCAGGCGGCCCAACCAUCAGUUAUUCAGUCUCCACAAGUCCAGACAGUUCAGUCUUCCUGUAAGGACUUAAAAAGACUUUUCUCCGGAACUCAGAUUUCAACUAUUGCAGAAAGUGAAGAUUCACAGGAGUCAGUGGAUAGUGUAACUGAUUCCCAAAAACGAAGAGAGAUUCUUUCAAGGAGGCCUUCCUACAGGAAAAUUUUGAAUGACUUAUCUUCUGAUGCACCGGGAGUGCCAAGAAUUGAAGAAGAGAAGUCUGAAGAGGAGACUUCAGCACCUGCCAUCACCACUGUAACGGUGCCAACGCCAAUUUACCAAACUAGCAGUGGACAGUAUAUUGCCAUUACCCAGGGAGGAGCAAUACAACUGGCUAACAAUGGUACUGAUGGCGUACAGGGCCUGCAAACAUUAACCAUGACCAAUGCAGCCGCCACUCAGCCGGGUACUACUAUUCUGCAGUAUGCACAGACCACUGAUGGACAGCAGAUCUUAGUGCCCAGCAACCAAGUUGUUGUUCAAGCGGCCUCUGGAGAUGUACAAACAUACCAGAUUCGCACAGCACCCACUAGCACCAUCGCCCCUGGAGUUGUUAUGGCAUCCUCUCCAGCGCUUCCUACACAGCCUGCUGAAGAAGCUGCACGAAAGAGAGAGGUUCGUCUAAUGAAGAACAGGGAAGCAGCACGAGAGUGUCGCAGAAAGAAGAAAGAAUAUGUGAAGUGUUUAGAAAACAGAGUGGCAGUGCUUGAAAACCAAAACAAGACACUGAUUGAGGAGCUAAAAGCACUUAAGGACCUUUACUGCCACAAAUCAGAUUAAUUUGGGAUUUAAAUCUCACCUGUUACAUUGGACAAAGAACUGGCUUGGCCAUAACCAGAAAGACAAAGUAAACAUUUUAUUUUCUAAACAUUUCUUUUUUUCUAUGCGCAAAACUGCCUGAAAGCAACUACAGAAUUUCAUUCAUUUGUGCUUUUGCAUUAAACUGUGAAUGUUCCAACUCCUGCCUCCACUUCUCCCUUCAAGAAGUUUUCAGCACCAGGAAUCAUGAAGAGACUUCUGGAGUUCAUCCCCCAUCCUCCUUAAGAAGUAAUAAUUGAUUGACUUGUAAAUUGAUGGGGGAAAUGAGGAAAAGAAAUUUUUUUUAAUGAUUUCAAGGUUUGUGCUGAGCGCCUUGAUUGCCUUAGGGACAGAAUUACCCCAGUCUCUUGAGCUGAAGUAAUGUGUGGGCCACAUGCACAAAGUAAGUAAGGUGCAAUGAAGAAGUGAUUGCCAAUUUGACGUUUCCACAUUUUCAUUGUGAAUUAUGUAAAAUCAUUAAAAGAAAUACCUUUUAAAGAAUGGUGUUGAAGAAAGUAAGAAUGAAUUUGGAGUGCUUUCUAUGUACAAUUUCUUCAAUACUGAAAACGUCCUUGAUUCUUAAAAACAUUCUGUAUUAACUACAGCUCUCCCGUAGGGCAGUUGUUGCUUCUUAAUUUAGUUCUGUAUGUGUUCAGCAUUUUUGAAUACAUUAAAAGAAGUAACCAACUGAAUGAAAAGGCAUGGUAUUUUAAUUUUAAAUUAAAUUGAAAUAAAUGUAAGUACAAAUUUUGUUUUAGUUAGUACUAAAUUCUUAGUAAAAAGAUGCUCUACUCAAACCAGCCCUCUGAGUUAUAUAGCAAGGUUUUUAAAUAAAUGUUUUUGUCAUCACCUUCAAAAAUAUUUAUAUUGUCACUCAUUUACUUAAAAACAAUUUCUAAUGAAACUGUUCUCAUUUGCACUUACAUUAUACCACCAAUAGGAAAGCCUUCACAAUGUUAAGUAAAGCAAAGUGAUAUGUUUGUUUAUAAAAUGUGUUGUAGGAAAAUACUUAUUUUAAAUCUUUCCCGUAUUAACAUACUUUAACGGAAUAUCUCUACUGAAUUUUUUUAAUGAAGUUGUAAGAAUAUAGCUCUGACAAGUACACUAUUAGAUGUGACAAGGGAGGUAAUUUUCUUCAGACAUGUUUGAAUGACUGCUGUACUCUACAACAUUUAGAUUAUCAUUCUUACUAAGUAUUUUUCUUCUUCUAAAAAGGAUAAUUAUGCUUUCAGUUUCCAGUAUGCUAUACUAGUCUAGUCUUUGUCAUUCUAUAAAGGAGAUGCCUUUUUUAACUCCUGACUGGAACAGUCUGUGCUUAUAUGUACCAUACGUUGUUUCCAAUACUUUUUGUUAAUUAUUCAUUUUAUCACUAAGCCUGAUAAAUCUAAAAAUUAUUCUUUAAUAGAAAAAUAAGACUAAUAAAAGAAAAAUAAAACUAAGGUGGAUUUUAAAAAUUGGAGACUGACAUAAUGUUAGAUAUCAUUUCUCAUUUGAGAAGGUUAUUUCUUUUAGAAGAGAGUCAAGAAAAUUAAUAUUUUAUGUUUAGUUAUGGGUUAUUUUUUAAAGUUUACUUUGUUAAUGUGUUAAAAUAUGCAGAUGGGUGUUAAUUAUUGGGUCAAUUUUUUUUAAAGAAAAAUUUUUAAUUAAUAUUUGUAAAAGGUAUAUUUCUGUUUGUAACAAACCACUGCCUUUUUUCAAGGAUGAACAGAGUUUAUGAAGGAGCAUCAUUCUAAGAAUUGAGUGAUGUAGUAUAUUUGGACAAUAUACCAGAUGCUCAACAAGGCUUUCAAACAACUGUAAAGAUUGAUGUUUAUCCUGCUGAGCUAUUGGGGAAUGUUAUAGUAUAAAAAUUAUUUGUAUACCAGUAUAGAGAUGUCAUUUUUCAAAACUGGUUUAACAGAAACCAAGCAAAAUCACAAAUUUGUUCACCAACUAGAAUUCUUUCGUAAUUAGUCAAAGUGAACAUCUUGAAUGUCAUAAGCUUUAUAAAUGAAAAUUGCCUAGUAUUUAGCAAGUUAUAAAUGAAAGUCACACAUUUUUCAAAAGUUAGGGCUUUCUAUUUAAUAAGAAAUUUGGUGGUCCUCUUAGUCCCUGAUGAAUCAAGGCAAUCACUUCCAUAUUAACUGGUUGGAUUUUUAAGUUAUAAAGAGCAGGUCCUUUAUACCUUGAGGAUGAUAGCACUGGUUUGAAGUUAAGUUACUUAAAUGGUGAGAUAACAAAUGUAUUCUGUUGCUAAAUCUGUUUUAGACCCUUGGAGAGACUUGAAGAUUUCAGUUUAUAGAAAUUAGGCAUCUUUUGUGCAGACCUUUUUUUUUUUUUUUUUAAACAAGAAUUGGGGGAAAGGUUAGUUUUUAUGCAUGCAACUUUGAGAAUUUUUAUUAAGAAAAUGACAUAAUGAAAAAAAAUAUUGUAGCCAAGAACAUAAAUGGCCAUGUUACCAGUAAUAAUUGUUUUUUUCUCUUCAUAUUGGCCAAAAGGGAAUGAAAAUGUUAUCAUAGGAAUUUGUACAUAUGCUACUGAUUUGCCUAGAAAAUAGUUUGGUAUCACUUUGCAAACAUAGGGCCAUGUGGCACUUUUA